GCUGUCAGGUUUUAUAAGAAAUCACCAGAGGACCAAAUGCCAGACGUAUAUUGUACCUGCUGCGAGCAGAGUUAAGUUAGAGCCCAGUCUUGGGACUGUCUCACCAAGGGCACAAGCGCCGGAUGCUCGUCUAUAAAGUAAGAAACCGCCUACCCCUGUGAAAAGCCCGACUCUGGUUUCAUAACCGAGAGCAGAGCGCUUGAAGACUGCGAUGAGUCGUGAGAGCGGCGCUCAUUUCACAGGGUUUAAAAGAAAAGCGGGGACGCGAUUGGUGUUUUAUCUAAUGAUUGCAAAUGAGAUAAGGCCUCUCAACGGACUAAAAUCGAUCCACUGUUAAAUCAGCGCUGAACUGCUACCUUUCUUCUUCUGAUAAGUGAACAGAAGUUUUUUGAAGCUCGCUCAAGGAGCCGAGUAGGAGAAAUGGAGCUGUCCACGGUUUCAGGACUCGACUUGGCCGAUUUAUAUUCCGCUUUCCCGUUUAAUAACACCUUUCAAGAAUAUCCAAACGGACUCAUGUCGAACAGAAGUGCCAACGAGACCGAGCCGAUCCCGGAGAGCAGUUACGCGAGCAUCAUCAUCGCCAUCUCCAUCACCGCUCUCUACUCGGUGGUCUGUGUGGUCGGACUACUUGGGAAUAUCCUUGUAAUGUACGGCAUCGUGCGAUACACAAAAAUGAAGACAGCUACCAACAUUUACAUCUUUAAUCUUGCUCUGGCUGAUGCUUUGGCCACAAGCACACUCCCUUUUCAAAGUGCCAAGUACCUGAUGGACACCUGGCCAUUUGGUGAACUUAUCUGCAAGAUCGUCCUUUCUAUUGAUUACUACAAUAUGUUUACUAGCAUCUUCACUCUCACCAUGAUGAGUGUGGAUCGCUACAUCGCUGUGUGCCAUCCUGUCAGGGCUCUGGACUUUCGAACUCCAGUGAAAGCCAAGAUUAUUAAUGUCUGUGUGUGGAUCCUUUCUUCAGCCAUUGGGGUGCCAAUAAUGAUAAUGGCUGUCACCAGAGUUACAGAUAAAGGUAAUAUUAAUUGCGUGUUGAAGUUUCCAGAUCCAGACUGGUACUGGGACACAGUAACCAAGAUCUGUGUCUUUAUUUUUGCCUUUAUCGUGCCAGUUCUGGUGAUAACCAUAUGCUAUGGGUUAAUGAUCCUCAGACUGAAAAGUGUGCGCCUGCUCUCAGGCUCAAAGGAGAAGGAUAGAAACUUACGGAGAAUCACUCGCAUGGUCCUGGUGGUUGUAGCUGCCUUCAUCAUCUGCUGGACGCCCAUUCACAUUUUUGUCAUUGUGAAGACUCUCAUGGAAAUUGACAAGAAGAACCCAUUUGUGAUUGCCAGCUGGCACCUCUGCAUCGCCCUUGGCUACACCAACAGUAGCCUGAACCCUGUCCUCUAUGCUUUUUUAGAUGAGAACUUCAAGAGAUGCUUCCGUGAUUUCUGCAUCCCCUUUCACUCCAGGAUGGACCAGAAUAGCUUCACUCGAGGAAGGAACACCACAAGGGAGCCAGUCUCGGUCUGUGCACCUUCAGAAGGAGGGAAGAAACCAGUAUGACUAGACAUGGAUCAGCAGCCAUACAGGCCUCGUUCUAGAAGAACCCAGCAAGAGCUUCAGUCAGAGGUCACUCAGAUUUCUACCACUGAAUUCUAGCAGCUCAAGUGAUCUCGGGUAGGAUUUCACAGCCCUAUAACAAUGCUCUAGUUAGCCCUUUUUUCCACGUCCCACUUUAGCUCGGGGAUUCUCCUUUUGAAUUCCUUAUGUGAUUUGCUAGAGCUGCUUUGCGUUUCCAACAAACUCUCCCAUCACAUAGACUUUUACAGAAGCUCUCAAAUGAAAUGCAGCGGCCAUGUCUUGUUAUUGGUCCUUUUAGAUAUUUGAUAAAGGUCAUAGAUGCCAGCCUGGAAAAAACACUUUCGAUGUAUUACAUUUAAAAAAAAAAAGUAUAAACUCUGAAAUUAGGAUUUUUUCCUUUAGAAAACAAUAAGAGAACAUGUGUAUACUUCUGUGACUGACAAACAUUUGCAGAAGUUUCUUAUAUUUGGUGUAAUUUCAAUCAUCAUCACGUUCACACAGACUUCUGAAAGGCUCAACGAGUUUAGAAGCUGACGUGAAUGGAAUUUAAGGAGCUUAUGCUAAUAAUUGCUAUCCUAUGUACUUUGAAUACAAACUGAAGACAAGUACUGAAGGAAUAUUUAUUAUCUGCCAGAGAUGACAAUACUGGACAAUGUGAAAUUAAUCCGGCAUUCAACAGAAGAGAUAUAUUUUUUAAUUAACAUCACUUGGGUUGUUCAAAUCUGGCAGUGCACACAAAACUCAUCCACAUUUACCCUAUGAAGAGUUUUUGUUUUCACCUUUUUUAUGUGAAGUUGCAGUGGACUUCAGUCAUUCUGUUGAUGCUGAACCCUGGUGCAUUUUGCAAAAGGUAAAUUGGGGAGCAGGGGAGCUGGACAGGCACUUUUUAGCCGAUAACAUCUUAAUAUGUAUGUUGGAUAUCUCACAUGAAGCCUUUCGUUUUACCGUCAUAAAAAUAAGAGAAUUUUUAGCUGAUUUGAAAAUAUUCUGAGCAAGAGUCAUCGUCCUUCUGUUCUUGUUGCAGCAACCAGAAGAGCUGCUCUGAAUUUCAUAGUGAAAUAGCAUCAGGCUGAAUUAGCACUGUCUUGUAAAGAGCUGUAGACCCCUAGUAACAGCCAUGUCUUCAUUGUAAUCACUUACAGCUUUGGAGAAACGGUUGCCAAGAUCCUACAAGAUACUUACUGUUUAAGAAAUAUCCUACUUUGAUUUGAAACAGUUGCUACUGUGAAUGCAAUAGCCCUAUAAUGCCUUUAAAUCAUGUCUCUGAAGCAGCCAUAAUACGUUUUGGCCCACUCUCAUUAUGUUCUGUGCGGCUCUAGCUGCGCAGCGAUUGCAUUACACUCAUCGUUUUCAUUUAAUGUGCACUCUACAGGACAAUCCAGCCCAAGGCUGCUGGCAGUUGUCUUUUCAUAAUCAUAAGCUUUGCAUCUCCACAUAGCUUUCCUUAAGCUUCUUAUUUUGUGUUUUCUUUUAUAAGUAACACCAAACCAAAAUCCAAAAUAAAAAUAUUUAUUUUUAUAUAAAUCUUUCUAAAUAUAUGUAUAAUACCAAACAGAGAAGCUAAAUGAUUUGAUUGUGGUUGUAGUACUGUAAAAAAAUUGUUUUAGUCAGUAAAGGUUCUGAUACUAAAAUAAUCAAGCAAAAACCUCACAAACACAAAAUCACAUUUCCCAUGAAUCUCUCUGAUGCCCCAUUUCAGUGCACCUUCAGCACUCCCCAUAAACCAUAAAGUGCCCAGAACAGAUAUAAUGUAACAAAAUGGACUGUAACCUCCUUGAUCCAAUUCAAAGUCAUGGAAGCAACAGCCAAUCAUGUCAUUAUUGUUAGGUGGAAGCCAGCACUAGAUUGGGCACCACUCCAUCUCACGGACAAAUAUCAAUACUGCAAUUCCCAAACCAUGGUUUAUAGUAUCACUGCCUGAUGGAAACUGUUAUUUAUCUUAUUUUUAAUGUAUUACUAUCAUUUAUUCCAUGUUGCCAACAUUACCCAAUUGUUUAGGCAUUCAGUAUUCUUUAAGUGUUUCUGGAAAAAUGGGCGCUAUUUGUAGUAAGCUUGAUAAAAAGCAGUGGUGGGCCCACCCUGUCCAGAAGAUGGUGAAGGAAAUGGAGUAGAAUCUGAAGUAAAUACUACCAAUUAUCUCUUCAUUUCACAGAUACAUAUACAACAUAUAUAUAUAUGAGGGGUGUCUUUUUGAACUGCCAUUCCUAAGGUUUCUUCCAUUUUUUCCCUACAAGAUUUUUUUUGGGAGUUUUUCCUUGUG